AUGGGGGCCACUGAACGGCUCAAGUCUGAUCUAAUGGUCCAGAUCUGGCUGGACAACAUCAAAACGUACUGCUCCGCCAUCACCUAUGCUAAAUCAUUCUUGUACUCCAAGUCUGAUUUCAACAGAAAUGCAGGGAGUGAGAUCCCCCUAUUCUUUGGACUUGUGCUCAUAAUAAUCACAGCCGGACAUUGCAAAGAGAAGACCAACCUCACCGAGUUGCAGGACAAGAAGAACCUAUUUAACUUGAUAUUGGAGAUCGUCAACCAGUUUAAGAAGCAGCACUCACAGGAGGAAAAUGGUCUGAACUAUUUCCCCCAACGCCUCGAUUACACCUUUCAUCCUCAGGAACAACCUGACUACAAUGUGUAUCACAAGGAGGAGAGGGUUGAAAUAGUACCCAGAGAUCUGAGGAAAAUGAAAGACAAGUUUUUAAAACAUUUAACAGGACCUCUUUACUUCAGCCCAAAGUGCAGCAAACACUUCCAUCGGCUGUAUCACAAUACCAGGGACUGCAACAUACCAGCAUAUUAUAAAAGAUGUGCCAGACUUCUCACACGAUUGGCAGUCAGUCCGAUGUGUAGGAAAGGCUAACUUGGAUUAAAGGUGGCAACGAUAAAUUAAUAUCCCAAGAACCAAGAAAAGUGCCUUGGAAAGCAACAGGGAAACAAAUUGA